AUGGAUGCCAAGCAAGCUGGGAUGGCAGCGACUGGGGCGGCCGAGGUGGGUGCCGGAGCUGGAGCUUCAGCCGCGGAGGCGCCGUUGACGGCGGAGAGCGCCACCAACACAACGAACAUAUUAAAACUACACCAUAAUCAAAUCUAUACAGUGGACUUGAUUUGCAUCUUUGCAUAUGUAUGUUUGAGGUUGGGGCGCUUAAACAGAUAUAUUGCACUAUAUUUCCCUGCAUGGGAAUGGGAUUUUGGUGAUUGUAUCAUUGUUAGAUUUGGGGAAAAUUUGCUACUUUUGAACAGGUGGCGGCAGAUCUUGAGAUUUUGCAGCAUUUGGAUAUGGAUAUGGAUAAGCUGCAGUGGGGGAAGAGGAAGAGAAGAGGAUGAGGUGUGUGAAAGUGUGAAGGAGUCGCCUUUGAGCGGAAAAUCAGACGGGGGCGGCGGCGCUGUGGUGAAGAAGAAAAUCACUUCUAGAGUUGUUGGGGAUAAUAAUUGCAGUAAAGAUGGACCAGUUCCAUCCCCACAUCGUUCAACCAGGGACUUAGGUGUAAGUCGAUCUAUAGCAAAUGAGACCCGAAAAUCCCUUUCGCCUGAGAAGGAAGACAGGUACUACACAACGAGGGGGUCUGGUGGAUUUGAUGAUGCUACCAAGGCAUUGUUCAUGGAUCCAAGGGAGGACAACAGGAAAGUCGUUUGGCCAAAGCUGCUGAUUGCCCUGUCCAGUAAAGAUUUUAUGGCAAUGAAGGGUUGCAAACCGCCUCAAAGGCCCCAAGUUGAUCCAAACCAUUUUAUUGGUGAGCCUGGGAGCUUAGGAGAGGUAUGAAGUGAGAGUGAAGAGAAGAAACCAAGAGCUUUGAAAGCUAUGGGAACUGUGGAGAGUGAUUCUGAUUUUUGGUUUAAUUUUUUGAUUAAAACCCACAUGAUAUAGAUGAAUGUAAGGUUUUGGUAGGGAAGAAGAAGAAGAAGAAGAAGAAGAAGAAGAAGAAGAAGAAGAAGAAGAAGAAGAAGAAGAAGAAGAAGAAGAAGAAGAAGAAGAAGAAGAAGAAGAAGGCUUCACCACAUUUUGUGUAACGCCUACACGCUUUGUUGUGGCGAUUGCAUCUCUACUUGUACUGCUCACACCAGCAAGACAGACGACGCCUUAUUUUUGGUAUAAAUUUUACGCUUUCUUGCUCAUUAAUCGUAUUUGUGGCAUGUUGGUGAAGUGCUGAUCUCAUUGAUUUUCUAACACAUGAUAAAUAAAAAAAGGGGUUGGAAUGUGGGGAAGAUUUGAUGAAUACUAAUAUUGAAGCUGAGCAAUUAGCAUUGUUGUGAGAUUUAUUCUCUGCACCUAAUGUAAAGUCUAUCUUUUUAGUUAUGAGAUCGUUAUGCUAUCAA